GCAAAGCAGCGAAGAUGCGGCUCAUCCCGUGCAUCCCGCUCCUGGCGCUUGCCGGAGUGGCCUCAGGAGGAUUUCUCGUCGACGGAGGAAGUGGAUAUUUCGGCCCAUAUAGCGGUCAAGGAGGCGGACAUUUCAGCCAAGGAUUGGGAUCGUAUCUCGGCAUGGGAGGCGGAUAUCUGAGCGGAGGAUUGGGAUCAUAUCUCGGCCAAGGAGGAGGAUAUUUCAGCGGAGGACAAAGAUCACAUUUCGGCCGAAGAAGAGCAGGCGGCUUCAGCAAUGGCUACAACAAGUUCGGUCUCUUCUUCUCGUUCCUGGACCCCUAUCUGGCGGGCAAGCAGUUCACCUGGCAGGCGGCGAACUUCCAGUGCGCCAUCCGAGGACUGCGGUUGGUCUCGCUGGACGACCCGUACAAAAACAAAUACGUGUCACGCAAGAUCGCAAGAUACAAUGUGCGGUACAUCUGGACAUCGGGCAUGAGGAAUGGCUACAAGUUCUUCUGGGCCAACGGCCCGACCGGUCAACCGGACAACUACCAGGGCAACGAGUAUUGCUUGGCCGUGCUCAACCACUACUACGGCGACGGCAUCGUCUGGCACGACCGUCGCGUGCCACCACAAGAAGUCCUUCGUCUGUGA